AUGAAGAAAAUCUUAUCAAAGAAAAAGAGAUUGGAAGAUUAUGAGAUUGUAGCACUUAUUGAGGAGUGCAGUGCUAUCUUGCAAAAGAAACUACCCCCAAAGCUCAAAGAUCUAGGUAGUUUUAAGAUUUCAUGCUCUAUAGGAGGUUCGGUUGAAACAAAGACUUUAGGUGAUUUGGGGGCUAGUGUGAAUUUAAUGCCUCUAUCAGUCUUUCAAAAGCUGAAAUUGGGAGAAGCUCAUCCAACAAAUGUCUCCUUACAAAUGGCGGAUCACUCUAUUAUGCAUCGUAGGGGAAUGAUUGAGGAUGUCUAG